CCUCGGAUCGAAGCCCGCGCGGCGCGCCCCCCCUCGGUGUCCUCUCGCGGCUGCGCGGCGCGCGGCAGGGCGGCGGAGAUGUUCUCGUGGACGGCGUGCUGCGCCCCAGCUCCGGGCGAGAAGGCGGAGGUGGUGCAGACGCGGACCGUGCUGGGCGCUCCCAGCCCGCGCACCGCGAUGAACCAACGGCUGGACCAGGCUGCCAAGGAGAUUGCGCAUACGACAGGGACAGGGGACUCUCGAUGGAGUCUGUGGGAGAGCUCGACCUAUCCGCGAUCACGCAGCAGACCUCUGGCGACGAGAGGUUCCCGCGCUGGAGCCCGCUGGACAACAAGGGCCCUCGCAUCGGGGAGAGGGAGCUCCCUCUGCCGUCCUGCUUCGAGGGUGUGGCCGAUGCGUCGCCGGCCGGCUGGACCCACCCUAGGGGCGACACGACCGGGAUGGACGAGUCGCAGACCAGGGAGGAGCGCCUGAGCGCGCAGGUGCGCGCGUUCGUCAAGAAGGCCCAGCUGGGCAUUUGUGUUCUCCUUUGCGACGCGGAGAGCAUGCUGCUGUCCCAGUGCCUCUUCAAGACGGACGAGCUGCUCACCACGCUGACCCUGCAGACCGCGCUGGCCAGGCAGCAGGACUUCGAGCUGAAGGACCUCAGGGCCGUCGUGAGGGGCGAGGGCGUCAAGAAGCGGGCGCCCGGCCUCGCCCGGGCGGCGGGAGAGUGCCUGCUGCUGGUGUUCGGGGACGCCUCGGAGGAGACGCUGCACUGCCUCUUCUUCCGGGACGCCCGCGACCGCGACGAGUUCUACACCAACAUGAAGGUUGUCCGAGUGAUGGCCUCGCGCGCAACGCUGUAA